AUGAGAGUGGAGGAGCCUCUCUGGGGCCCAAUUGUGCCUUUGUUUGCACAGCUAGGAUACAUUCUUGUAUUUCAUGAUCCCCUUACCCACAAUCAAGCCAAGGCUCUCUAUGCACAAGGUCCUAAUGCAUCCAAUGUGUUCCUGAGUGAAUCUUCACUAUCAAGUGAUGUCAACUCCUAUCAUGUGGAAACUGUGGUGGAAUUGGAGAGUCAUGUCUUGUUCCACUUUGAACCACGCACAAUAACAAAAGGCAUCUGCCCUAACCUGGCGCCUGCAUCCAGUGCCUUCUCAUCUUCAUUCCUUGCUUCUCAGGCCCACAUCUGGCAUCUCUCAGCCAUCAAGAAUUCAUUGCAGUGCAUUGGCAGUGUGCAGAUCCUCUUGCCACUGCUAGAGAAGCUUGAUCAGUGUGUUGGAGUGGAUCUAAGCCUUGUCUCACCAUCCAGUGGCCAGAAGUCUCAUAGCAGCCAUGAGGGAGACUGGGAGAUCCUCCCUUCCAGCUCUAUCUCUGAUUGGCAGCUGCAUGAAAACCAGGCAGGAGCAUUCUUCAUUGUGCUGAGGAACAUGAUUGUUGGGAAUUGUGUUUCCCAAGAGCAGCUUGGCUGCAAUCACAUCAUCCCAGUUAUCGGAUUCCUCAUGCUCAAGCUACCACCCUCAGUGGUGGAUGUGCCGUUGCUGAUGGCAAUGGACUCGAUGCUGGAGUACCUGCGCUCCAUCCAGUGCUCAGGACUUCUGCAAGCCUUCUACCAACACAUUCUUUUUGACUUCCGCAUCUGGGCUCACUCCCAGUUCCCUGUCCGCAUUGGACACAUCCAGAGCCUCUGUCGCAUCAUCCAUGAGGAUCGCUCCUUCUUCCGUCGCAAGUUUGGUGUCCAGUUCCUCCUUGACGUCAUCCGCCAACAUUAUCGGCAAUGUGAGAGCCUGAAUGGAGAGGAGUGCAAAACAGUGAGGGCAGCAUUGCUGGGCUUGAUCAAGUAUUUCAUCUCCAAGGAUGCUAACUAUUUUGAAUCCUCUGGCCUUCUUCGCUUCCUCCUGGUCAUCAAAGAGGAACAUGUGCUGACAGAUGUGGUGAACAUGUUAAUAAUGCACUUGGAGAACAAGAUGUGCAAGGACCAGAUCUUUCUCCUUCUAUAUGAACCAAAAAAUGUGGAAUUACUGUGGUCCCUCAUCAUUGACAAGCGCUUCUCCACCACCUUCAAGGCACUUGUCCUUCGGUUGGUAGAAGUGAUGUUGCAAACAGAGAAGGUGUAUGAAAAGAGUAAGAUGAACCUGCGCCUGUCAGAUGUAGGUUUCCCGGGUCUUCUCCACUUCCUUCAGGGCCAGCCUCUUUCACCUGAUAUGGUCUCGAGGCUCCUUCACAUUCUCCUCAUGACAGAGACAAGUGUGUCAUAUUGGGGAGUACUUUCCCUACUGAGCCAUGUGAUUCACUUGGACCUUGAAUUGAAGAUGUGCAUCACAAAGGUCUUACGUUCACAUCUCCAGCCCUGCUGGGAACAAAUCCCUGGUGCCUUUGCCAAGCAUAUGGGCUGGGAGGACAGUCUUUGCAGCUUAUUGGUUGUGAAAGCAUUGAAUCCAUCAGCAGAAGACACUGGAGCUGUAUCUACACCUGAUGAUGACCUUAUGUCCUUUGAGGUCAUUGACCUUCCCAUGGAAGCCCUUGAGAAACCCCUUGCCACCCUCCCACUUGAGGAUAUUAGAGGGAUGGCAGAAGCAGUGACAACUGUGGUAUCAGAGAAUCUGCAUGCUGUGACAGCAGUGGUGUCUGAUAAUUUCCCUACAGUGAGUGACAACAUCCAAUCAGCAGCAGGGAACCUUAAGGACACAGUCACUGCUGCAUACUCCAACAUCCGUAAGAAGACCAUGCUUGUCCAGGAAUCUUUGGAGGAGUUUGGGGAGACAGCAAUGGCAGCAGCUGUGGCAACACUUGCACGACAUUCCUUGCAUGCUGAUGCAGAUGUGUCUCCAGGUGGGUCACCUUCAGCACGACUGCGCCCUUUUGGCCUACAGUCCUCUGAACGGGAUGUUUCCCGACCUGCCUCAUCUGACUCCUACCUCUAUCACGCACGGGAGGAACGUUCUCCAUCCAUCAGCAGCAUAGAGGAGUUGAGCUCUGCAGCUGUAACAAAACAGGCUUCUCUUCUCACUCUUAAGGAGAGUGAAGAGAUGGUGAGGAUUGAGGGGAUGGACAUGGAUACAUAUGUGAGCUUCAUUUUGGAACUCAUUGCCUGGGUCAUGUGGAAGGGAAUUGAUGGCUCCUCUGAUGAUAACUGGAAGGAUCGUGGUGCAGUGAUAGCACAGGUGCGGCACCUGGCAACCACACAUCAACUCCUCCUCCCUCAGCUGGAAAUAGAAAAGCGACUCCUUUACCUCCUUCUCAAACACUGCCUGGAAGACAUUAGGAAACGGGUGCAAGCAGACUGGAGUGAUCAGGAGAAUGCCUCACACCUCCUUCACUGGGUGUACCAUCUGGUAGCAAACAACACCACCUGUGACUCCUUAAUGCAGCCCCCCUUCGACCGGGUCUUAGACGGGAUGCUGGGUUUACUAGACUGCUUGGUGGUGUUUGGGGAAACUGCUGAAGAAGAGUGGAAGGAAGUAGCUGCCAUCUGUUUGGGUAUCCUGGUGUGGUGUGCAUGCAGUGAGAAUCUGGAGCUGUGUGCCAUGGCCACAGCACGUCUGCACUUCCUCAUUCAGACCCGACCCUUUGCCCAUAUUGAGGAGUCUGGAUUCAUCCUAGCCAUCCUUUCCAGGGUCCUCUCUACUGCCAUUGCAUUGCAGAACACUGAGCACUACAGUUUCCUGAUACCUGUGGUGAAGGCCCUGCUGGACAAGAUUGGGACAUGGCUCCACCUUCCUCACCAUCUGCCAUCACUCCCGCUGGCCCACACAGCACCGUCUUUCUAUGAGGACUUCCAGCAUUAUGCCCUUUCCACUGAGUGGAAUACCUUCCUCAGCAACAAGGAGUCUGCAGGCUCUGAGGAGCCUGGCUCUUCAUAUCCUCCUGAUGGUUCCUUAUAG